GACGUCCUGCCUGUUGUGAUCUGCUCAGAGAGCUGCUGAGGUCCGGACGGAGAACACGCAGCGGGACGGUUCCUCUCAACACAGGAAUAUAGAAAGUAAACUCUGCUCUUUAAUGUCCACACUGAAGGGACACUGAAGUGCCACCGUGUCCACUGUUUCUUGGUUCUAAAGUGGAGUAUACUGUAGUAUACUGAUACGGUAGUGGAGUAUAGUGGAGUAUAAUACUGUAGGAGCGGGAGAUCUGGAGAUGAAGAUGCUUCAGACCAACUGAGAGGUGUCUCUCCGUCCUCCGGGAUCUUUAAGGACGUCCUGCUUGUGUUGUUCUUUUCUUUUGGGAUUAUAUCUAUUCUUAUUCCACGUAUCAGCUGUGAUUGUGGACUAAAAGUAGCGCCCCUCCGUCCUCCAGCGCAGCGCCUUCUCUCCAAUGAAAGAUCUGCCUCCAGGAUCAUCAGUCAGUACGCGGAUCGAGCUCAGUGAGACCAGCGACACAACCCAGUCUCGUCCCGGUGCUGUGGUCUCUCUGUUGACCCCUCUGGACCCGGUUCGGCAGGCGAAGCGGCUUCCCAUCCGAGUCCUCAAGAUGUUGACUGCUCACACCGGACACCUCCUACACCCGGAAUACCUACAGCCUCUGACACCCGCACCAGUCAGCAUCGAGCUGGAUGCCAAGAAGAGUCCGCUGGCCCUGCUGGCACAGACCUGCUCUCAGAUUGGUAAACCAGACCCUCCGUCCUCCUCCAAGCUGGGCUCCUCCAGCAGCCAGGGGGACAAGGAGUCCAGCGGUCGGUCGUCCGGCUCCAGCCUGAAGCACGGGGAGCACCGCCCCUCCCUGGAGGACAAGUGUAGCUUCAAGCCCUACAACAAAGGCAGUGGAGACUGUCGCAGAGACGCAGUUACCAGCAGCAGCUCCAACAACAGCAGCAGCAGCAGCGAUAAAGUCGGGUUCAGGGUACCCAGCAAUAAUGUUACCACUAACGGAAAUUCAGCCAACGGCCAGCAGUCCUACCCGCCCCACGCUGCUUCACCCAGCUCCAGAGCCAGCAGCAGCACCCCACCAGGACACACUCAGCAACAGCAGCUUCACAAACUGAGCCAGUCUCCUGGUGGACAGUCUCACCCUCACACUCCUAGUGGAGAAACUGCACAUGAGCAGGGCAGUCCCACCAGCACCAGCAGCAAUAAUCCCAAAAAAGACGCUGACAAGAGCAACUCGGACAGUCCACACGAUGCAAACUCCAGCCACGUUCGAGCCAGCACGAACUGCAGCAACGGCAGCUCUGACGGUGGUUCCAACCACGAGGGAGGUAAAGCAGAGUCCGCCCAGCAUAACCUCGGCCCUGGACGCAUUACACCCAUUUCUCCUUAUAAGACGAGCCAACCACUCUUCCCCCUGCCCUCCUCUAAUAUGGGCUACCACGGGUCUGUGGUGGGGGCUUACGCCGGCUAUCCGUCUCAGUUUGUUCCCGGGAUGGAUCCGACAAAGUCCAGCCUCGGCAUGGGAAAGCACCCGAGCUCCAGCCCUCUCACCGGGGCCUCCCCUCCGUCCUUCAUGCAGAGUCUAUGCAGGGACCCCUACUGUCUAAGCUAUCCCAGUGUGUCCCAUCUCGGCGGAAGCAACUGCAACUCCUGCAUCCACGACCCGUCCUCCUCCCUCAAAUCAAACUUCCCCCUGGUGUACCCCUCCCACCCGCUGCACUCCCUCCACCAAAGCUCUAUGUCGUCCAGCGUGUCCUCCUCCCUCUCACAUCCCCUCUACACGUACGGCUUCAUGCUCCCCAACGACCCCAUGCCUCACGCCUGUAACUGGGUCUCGGCCGGGGGCCGUGCGACAAACGGUUCGCCACGUCCGAUGAGCUCCUGGCUCACCUCCGCACACACACCGCCCUGCCUGUGGGGAUGGACAGUAAGCUGCUCUCUGUGUCCUCCUCUGGACCAGCCUCCUGCCACCUUCACCUCCCCCACCAGAGCAGCCCAGGCUCCAUGCCCAGCUCUCUUUCUCUCAGGGGGCCCCCCAGCAUGGGUUUAGCUCGCUACCACCCCCUACAGUAAGGUCCAUCUGCCCCAGGACCCUCCUCCAUCUCCCUGCACUCUCUGCCCACCACAGGCCCGUACUACCCUCAUUACGCUCUCUACAGUCAAAGACUAGGAUCUGCAUCUGCUCUGGGCUACCAGUGAUACACCGUCAACAUCUUUAAAGGAAUAGUUCCACAUUGUGGGAAAUGCACUUAUUCGCUGUCUGGCAGAGUUAGAUGAGAAGACUGAUACAACACUCGUAUUGUUCUCUUAAAUAGACGACUCUGGUGACCUCUUUGUGUGUUCCACGAUCUAGCGGCGCCAUCAUCACUGCGCAGACAAAUCGCAGCGACUCAGUGUCUGCUAACCGUGUUAACUGGUGACUUUUAGCCAAAAGCGUCAGUGGUUGUUUGUAGUAAAUAAUAAGCACAGAUGAGAAUGUAUUUAAAAUGGAUUAGAGUCAAAUUGAAGGCUUUUACGAGGACACAGCUGCCGUCACUACAAGCAACCAUGACCACAACACUUUGUACGUGUUCUGUUUGUGAUGCCGACCGAUUCGUGAUGUUUACUCUGUGGUCAUUAGGUCGCCCUCAUUAGAGCAACUAACGUCAUAUUUCACAACAACACCACAGUUAGUUGAGUUCAUUUAUUCUGUGGGACCACCGCAGCCCUUAGACAGUGUCUGAGCCCACUGACGUUAGCUACGCUCGCUAAGCAGUGUUAACUAUAGCUGACGUUACUUGUUUCAUUAUGUCAGGCUAACGUUAAGCAGCUGAGAACUGCUCAUGUUCUUCCUGAAGUCCUACACAACGUUGUCAAAAGUAACGUAACAUAGAAAGUAAAGGUAGAAGUAAAUAUUUGUGCACUUCUGAGGACAGUUUGCAUUCAAACGUAGCGCGUAUUGUAGGGAGACGCCACCGCAGUAAUGGAGUCUUGGUUACAUCCGUUAUUUCCCUGGAUAUGAAACUACAGCCAGGUUAGCUUAGCUUAGCACAAAGACUGGAAACCGGUGGAAACAGCUAGCCUGGCUCUGUACAAAGGUAACAAAAUCCAAAUAUCAGCACCUCUAAAGCUCACUGAUUAACUCCUUAUAUCUUGUUUGUUUAAUACAUAAAAAUCAACGUGUAAAAACGUCAAUUUGCCGUUUUAUCAGGGACCCGUUUCCAUCAAGAAAUAGUCCAGCACAUAACCCCUCGUAAAAUUCAGAAUUAACAAUUAACAAUACCAAUUACACUUUGGUAUUUGUGACCAGAUGUAAGGUUUUAAUUAGUGAGCUUCAUGGUGUUGCUGGACAGAGGCAGGCUAGCUGUUUCCCCCUGUUUCAAGUCUUUGUGCUAAGCUAAGCUAACCAGCUGCUGCCUGUAUGAGAGUGGUGUUAUUAUUCUCAUCUAACUUUGCUGCCAGCAAGCCAAGAAGCUCAUUUAGCAAGAUGUCAGACUAUUACUUUAAGCUUUUACUUAACUGCGGCGAGUUGCUGCCUCCUCUGACUGGAUUCAAGUGGAACUAGGAUGUGGGAGUGCAAGUCCUGGAUUUUGACUUGAGUGCAUCUUCACACUUUCUUUCUACAUUAUAUAUGACAUCUGGUGUUUCUAAUCAGGCUCCACUUCUACAGAUCAGAGGACACAUGUGGCUCUUGCAUGUCUGCACAUUGCUCGGAUACUUUUGCAACAGACACGACUGCCCUUGGGUGACUCCUGCCACCCCGUGGGCUCGGCAAAUUGAUGGUUGGACGCUGCGUAAUAGCUCUUGGAUGUUCAGGGUGCUCGCUGCAAAUGAUGAUGAUUUAGUGCGGAAGAAUGCAGCGUGGCAGGGACGGCAAUAAGCUGCAGCCGUGGGCCGAUGCAAGUCUGGCCACAGUCGCUUUCUCCCUGCAAGAGAUGCAUGUCAGCUCGACACGGCGUCCACUCUGAACUGUUUAUUCAGCCUCAUGGUUUGUGAGGAUUUGUUUUGGUUCCUUAUGUUUUGUUUAUUCCUACUGAGAACUUGUAUUUAUUUUUUACCGGGAAUCUGGCUUUCAUGUUUACCAUAUAAAUCUAUUCUCAUUUUACAAUCCUCUGAGCAGACAGAUGACAGAUGUCCAAUACGUCUUAAAAACUUCUAGAGAAUGAAUGUUGAAAUCACAUCUCUUUCUCUCUCUCUCUCUCUCUCUCUCUCUCUCUUUCCUCUCUCUCUCUCUUUCUCUCUCUCUUUCUUUUUGUUUUUGUUUCCACAGCAAAUCAAUAAAAAUGAGAUGUGAUAUUUUUUAUGUAAAAAUUGGAACACCCUGUGGUUGUAUCCAGUUAAAGGGGAGGUCAUAUUUUGUUAAAUAAAUCACACUGAAGAUGUA